UAUAGAAGAGGGGCAGAGCGAGUUCAGCAAGCAGGAUGUCAGGGCGGCCCUUCAUCUUAUGUGGGGACGUCGGUGACUUCAUGUUGCGUCUCUUUGAGCACACACAGACCUCCGGGUGGCCUUUAGGCAGCGUUGGGAGCUGCUCCCAUUGGUGCUGAGCCGUGAUCAGCCGGGCUGAGAGUGGGAUGGAGACAAAGGAGAGCAGCCAGAGCGACAGAGGGGGGAGCUGCUGUGUGGGGCUGAAUGGGAGCUCAUCUAUGGGGAUAGGAGCCGCGUGGCUUUGGGGCCAGCGCUGACCCCGCAUUGACCGGGGUUUCUCUAUGGAAAGUAAAAGCUGCUGCUUGUGUUGUCACAGCUCUGCUCUGCUCCCAGCACCGCACGGUGAUUAAUUGUUCCAUCCCUAUGGACUCUUGCCUCAUUCACUCACUCACAGGCUGCUCCCGGGGAUCCCCUAUGGCUGACCUACAUUCCCAAAGCACCAUCUGAGUCCUGCAGUGCUUCCCAGCGUUGGGAUGCUCCCAGCUCUGACUACAAACAUCCCCAUCCCUGAAGCCUCUCGGCUCAGCUCUGUGCACAGCAGGGCUGCCAGGGUGGCACUGCUGCCUUUCUUUCCCCAUUCCUCUGCCUUUCUCGAGGACCAACCAUCCCAAACCUGUUACCCACCUCUUUUUAACCUCUCUUUUUUUCCCCCUUGUUCAGAUUUCAGCUUUUUAUGCUGCUCGGUGGUGUCAUUCCGAAGAGGGCCGUCUGCCUUCAAGAAGUCACUCACCCCAGAGAUGCCGGGUUCCUCAGGGCAGCCAGGCUCCCAGACGAUAAAGAAAGGGCACAGAGGAGUGGAUUCUACAGGUGAAACCACUUAUAAGAAGACAACGUCAUCAGCCUUGAAAGGCGCCAUCCAGCUGGGCAUAACUCACACGGUUGGGAGCUUGAGCACUAAACCCGAAAGAGAUGUUCUCAUGCAAGAUUUCUACGUAGUAGAAAGUAUUUUCUUCCCAAGUGAAGGCAGUAACCUCACCCCAGCUCACCACUACAACGAUUUCCGGUUUAAAACCUACGCCCCGGUGGCCUUCCGAUAUUUCCGGGAGCUGUUUGGGAUCCGGCCGGACGAUUACCUGUACUCGCUCUGCAGUGAGCCCCUCAUUGAGCUCUCAAACUCUGGGGCCAGUGGAUCCCUCUUCUACGUGUCCAGUGACGACGAGUUUAUCAUCAAGACAGUUCAGCACAAAGAGGCAGAGUUCUUGCAGAAGCUGCUGCCUGGCUACUAUAUGAACUUGAAUCAGAACCCAAGGACACUGCUGCCCAAGUUUUAUGGCUUGUACUGCGUCCAAGCCGGGGGCAAAAACAUCCGCAUUGUGGUGAUGAACAACCUGCUGCCACGCUCUGUCAAGAUGCACCUCAAAUACGACCUGAAGGGCUCCACCUACAAACGCAGAGCAUCCCAGAAGGAGAGGGAGAAGGUUUUCCCCACCUACAAGGACUUGGAUUUUAUGCAGGACGUCCCCGACGGCCUCUUCUUAGACUCAGACAUGUAUAAUGCUCUGUGCAAAACAUUGCAGAGAGAUUGUUUGGUCCUGCAGAGCUUUAAAAUCAUGGAUUACAGUUUGCUGGUGGCAAUCCAUAACAUGGAUCUGGCGCAGAGGGAGCACACGAUGGCAGACGGGAUGUCCCAGGCCGACACGAGGCGACCCGCAGCACAGAAAGCUCUGUAUUCCACUGCCAUGGAGUCCAUCCAGGGGGAGGCCCGGAGGGGAGGCACCAUAGAGACAGAUGACCAGAUGGGGGGCAUUCCUGCCCGCAACGCCAAGGGGGAGAGGCUGCUCCUCUAUGUCGGCAUAAUUGAUGUGCUGCAGUCCUACAGAUUUGUGAAGAAGCUGGAGCACUCGUGGAAGGCCCUUGUGCACGACGGGGACACCGUAUCCGUGCACAGACCCAGCUUCUAUGCUGAAAGAUUCCAGCGCUUCAUGUGCAACACAGUGUUCAAGAAGAUACCCUUGAAGCCAUCCCCUUCCAAGAAGAGCCGCUCUGGCACCGCGGUUCCUCGACGGAGCUGUCAGGGAGGAGUUCCUUCCCAGCUGCACGUGUCGUGUGAGGCAAAAGCACAAGUCACAACAGAGGCAGACGUGGAGCAAGGUUCCCACCUCGGUCGCCCGGAUCUCCUGCCCAGGACUCUGCCAGUGGAUGAAGCCAACAGUGAUUCCGUCGCCACCACUUUGUCCACCUCUUCCUUGGGCAGCGGAGGUCUCCACUCACCUGCAAACAGGUCAGUGGGCGUGCAGGUGCACAAAGCCGACAGCUCAGCAAAGGAUUGCACUAGGACUGCUGACUUCCUGUCUAGCUCCCCAGGACCGUCCGUCCCUGAGCACUCCUCGGAGCUGAGGGAGCAGCUGGAAGAGCUGCAGGAGACAGAGAUCAGCUUUUGAGGCAGCACUGAGCCAACGAUGGGAGCGGAUGUUCCGUGCUCUGCGUGGUCUCUGCGCUCCGAGGAGUGCUCAGCCCCGUUGCUGACCUUUUGUGGUUUUUAGUUUGUUGUUUUUUAUUUUGGUUUUGGGUUUUUUUGUUUUGUUUUGUUCUUUUCUUUUGAAGUAUUACCUGGAUAGAAAGCUGAGAGCCAGCAGAGCCAGGCUGCAAGGUGCAGGCAGCCGAGCAGAUUGGAUCAGCACAGCCCGCCAUGCACUGUGCUGCUACCUGAACCCAGCAGGGCCUGAGCAGCCAGCUGGGGGGAGAGGAGGAGGAAGAGGAGGAACUGCUUCAUGUGGUCCGAAGGCCUUUGGAAAAGGGAUCUGACUUCCAAGGUGUUCAUUGUUCAAUGCUGCCGCUGCAGAACACGCAGCCUAUGGGAGUUGUGUCCUCCCCGGGGCAGUUUUGACACGGAGCAACGGAGCAACGUGUUCAUCUUUUGUAUUUCCAACGAGUUUUUAAUGUCGGCGUCAGUUCAGCUGCAGCCCUUCCCCUCUGCAUUGCGCUGCACUGCAGCUCUGCUCCGUGUGACCCACAAGCGGGACGUCCUGUGGAGCUCUGAGCAGGAGAACCGCGUCCCCUCAGUGUCCCUUUGCGGAUGGAGAUCUCUGCGCUGAGCUCAGCUUUGGGAAUCCAGCACCAUUUGUUCAGCAAACAGCCACAACCCGGCAGCCCCGACAUUGGGGCUGAGCUGCAUUUUGCAGCUCAAACACUUGUUUUGGUUUUAUAUGCUAGGAAAGGAAGCGACUCCACCCUGCGUUCCCCAUGGGUUGGAAUCCUCCAUUGGUUUUUCUUCUUUUUAUAUAUAUCUAUAUAUAUAUAUAUUGGGGAACAAAAAAAAAGAAGCAAAGGGAUGUAUUUGUGCCCCUGCAGAGCAACACGAGGGGUUGCUGUGUGCAGAGGAAGCCAGGAAUGUGAUGGUGCAGAUGGGGGGGAUGCUUUGUGCUGCCAUUUUGGUGCCGAUUCCCUCCCAUCUCCCACCUGAUAUUUUUGUAAGGAAAAACAAAACCACCCUCUGAAAACAACCCCAAACCCAACCCCCAAACCCAACCAACCCCUUUUGGGAUGUUAUAUUUCUUAGCUUUGUUUGAAAAUACCCAACGGAAUGGCCUUAUUCUCUGGGUUAUCCAUACCCAGAACGGGGUUCUGCGGCUCCCGGUGCCCCCCGGGGCUGUCCCACGCCGACCCCGUCCAGCUCUGGGAGGAAGGUGGGCUCUUCCCCCACUGCUCCCCUCCCCUACAGCCGAAAUAACUGUCUAUAUUAGACGCUGUUCUUACCUUCCCUCCCAUCUCCUGUAAUGGUUCGGGUUUCUUGUUUUAUUAUUAUUAUUUUGUUGUUUUUACCAGGAGGGAAGAAAACCAAUCCUCUCCACCCCCCCUAUUCUUUUAUUCCUAUGGUUUAAUAUUUAUGAAGUUGUAUUUAAGUGGUUUUGUUUCGCUUUAUUUGUUUUCCGGGGUUAGUCAUACAGCAGUAGGGAGAUUUGGGGGGGAGGGUUGUUUCUAUAUGGGAACUUCUGACCUUCGCUUUGUAAUGGGUUUAAUGGAUUUAAUGGGUUUUCAGAACAACUGCCUUUUUUUUUUUUUUUUUUUUUUUUUUUUUUUUUUUUGCAUCUGGAAGUGGCGACAACCGCUGUUAAAAUGGCUCCUGAACCCCCCCGCGGGGCCCUUCUGCAGCGGGAAGGGCUGUGGGACCGUCCAGUGGAUCCUGGAAUCAGUUGGUGGAUUCUGGGAGCGUCCAAAUAGAUCCUAGGAACGUCCAAUGGAUCCUGGGAGCAUCCAAAUGGAUCCUGGAAUCAAUUGAUGGAUCCUGGGAGCAUCCAACGGAUCCUGGGAGCAUCCAACGGAUCUUGGAAUCAAUUGAUGGCUCUUGGGAGAAUCCAAUGGUUUUUGGAAUCAAUUGAUGGCUCCUGGGAAGCAUCCAGUGGCUCCUGGAAUCAAUUGAUGGAUCUUGGGAGCAUCCAAUGGCUCUUGGGAGAAUCCAAUGGUUCUUGGAAUCAAUUGAUGGAUCCUGGGAGCAUCUGAGUGGAUCCUGGGAGCAUCCAACAGAUGCUGGAAUCAAUUGAUGGCUCUUGGGAGCAUCCAGUGGCUCCUGGAAUCAAUUGAUGGAUCCCCAGCCUCAUCCAAUGGAUCCUGGCCCCCGAUGAUGGAUUCUGGGGCCAUCAAAUGGAUCCUAGCAUGGACUUAAGGAUCCUGACCCCAGCUGAUGGGUCCUGGCAUGGGUUAAUGGAUCCUGGGACCAUCACCUGGAUCCUGGGACUGCCCGAUGGGUCUUGGAAUGGGUUGAUGGAUCCUGCCAUCACUCAGUGGAUCCUGUCAUGGACUUAAGGAUGCUGACCCUUAGGUGAUGGAUCCUGGCACCACAUGAUGCAUUCUGGGAUCAUCAAAUGGAUCCUAGGGCCAUCUGAUUGAUCCUGGAACGGGUUGAUGGAUGCUGGCAUCACCCAAUGGAUCCCUGGCACAGACUUAAGGAUCUUAGCCCCAGGUGUUGGCUCCUGGCACCACAUGAUGCAUCUGACCCCAUGUGAUGGAUCCCAGCACCUUCCUAAUGGAUCCAGUACUACCUGAUGGAUCCUGGCAUGGACUUAAGGAUGCUGGUGGAUCCUGGCAUGGGCCAAUGGAUCCCAGCACCUCCUGACGGAUCAGGUCUCAGGUCAUGGAUCCCAACACCACCUGUUGGAUUCAGGCCCUUGUGGUCCCUUGGCACUGGGAAGGCCCUGUCCGUGUCCCCAUGGAGCUGCUCGUGCCGUGUUGUGGACGUUGUUGUGUUAUCUCUGUACUGUUUCGCCCUCAGGGCCGUUCUAUGGUUACCACGGCCCCCAAUACAGCGCGUGCUCCUGCA